AUGGCAUUAGACAUGAGAGAUGGAAGAGCAAGAACUACGGUGAAUCGACAUGCCGUGAUUGUCAAACUUGAGCUCUAUAAAGAAGACAUAGCUGUUAGAUUUAAGGAAUUUCAAGCAUCGGUCAAGACAACACUAUCAACGGAACAAAUACGUAAAUUUUUAGAAGCUAAUGGCCAAGACUUAUCUGGCUCUAAUGAUGCUCUUCUCCAAAGAUGGAUACCAAACGGCCCUUUAUUUGUUUGUUCGAUUUCCCAACUUAUAAUUGUUUGUUGCAGCCAGGACUUGUUGUUCUAUGGACCAUUAGGGAAAUGCCCAGUUUGCAAUGGCAAUAAUUUGGAGUUCACUGGAUAUUUUUGUGAGUGUGGCACUUGCAUCUAUCGCUCAAGGUAUCCACCAAGGAAAAGAGGGCCCAUCAAGUACCCUAUUAGCAUCAUCAAGCAAAUCAACCCUCAUUUCAACCCUCGUUUCGACCCUCCUUAUGUGGAAGAUCAAGGGUUCUUCGGCCGUUUAUGGCCUGAAUUUAUUCCCCAACACGAUCCAUAUCGCCCGGCGGGUAACCGAGUGGAAAUGACACUAACUACAUAUCAAGACGAGGUGGAGAUCAAUGGCCGGAGGAUGAAGAAGAGAACUUUUUGGAUCUAUGUAAUGGUAAUUGUGCUAACGGGUUUCUUUAUGGUCAAACUUUGGUCCAAAUUGUCCACAGAAUGAAGAUAUCCCGAAACCUUCGUAUAUAUCACUAAACAAGUUGAAGCUAUUGACAAUCUUGGUUCAAGUUUAUUAAAAUAUUUUAAUUUUUCCUUGCAUUAUUUUACUAUUUUCACACCUAAAAAAACUUUGGGAUUGAAUUGAACACUUUUUUGAGCGUUGUAUAUUCACAUAUUAGAUUGGGGGAAGUAACAACAUUUUCAAGUUUCUUUUUGAAUUUUGAAGAUGCGUUUGUUUCGUAUUGGGGUGUGUGUGAGUCGAUUACUCUAGUGAAUGGAGGUUAUGUCGUGGUACCACUAAUUGUGGGGAAUGUACAACACUAUUAGUUGAAUGCAUAUUAUGCGGUUCAUUGGGGAGUCAUGAAAUUCUGAUUUCAUCUUG